AUGGGCUCAGAACGUACAGAAGACGACCACAGGUCGCGUCGCCGUGACCAUCAUCGAGACGCCCCCAGAGACAGAGACAGCGCAAGCACCAGCCGACACAACAAGCGCGACACUGCAGAAGACUCCCACAGACAUCGCAGGCGCUCUCGGGACCGGUCUCCCAACAGAUCUCAGUCUCCAAGGCGAGAUCACCGAAGACGAUCCAGAUCACCAGAUACCAAAAAGCGCCCAUCGCGUUCGCGGUCACCACGCGACAGAGACAGAGACAGGGAGCGGAGAAGGGACAGGGACCGACGUGGAGACCGAGGCGAGGACGACAGUGACAGACGACACCGCCGGCGCGAAGACAAGGGCAAGGACGGCUACUCGGAUAGAGGCAGAGACAGAGACAGAGACCGCCGUAGGAAUCGCUCAUCAGAAAGACGCUCUACCCGAAGAGAAACACAGCAACCAGAUGAAAAUGCCGACAACAAGCGCAGCCUAACCAAGCGAGGCGGUCCUUUACCGUCGCAAGGUGACUCCUUCGCUGUCAGCAUUGGCGAAGAACCCGAGAAACCCAAGGAGAAGCCGAACUUUGGCAACACAGGCGUGCUCGCCGCUCAGUCCAACACGGUCACGCAAGCCGACGGGACCACUGUUACGCUCAAAUACCACGAGCCGCCCGAGGCCCGCAAGCCCGCCCCGCGCGACCAGUGGCGCCUGUACGUCUUCAAGGGCGACGAGGUCAUUGACACUAUCGAGCUGCACACGCGCAGCUGCUGGCUGGUUGGGAGGGACCUGGCCAUUGCCGACUUGCCGGCCGAGCACCCGAGCAUUAGCAAGCAGCAUGCCGUCAUCCAGUUCCGCUAUACGGAGAAGAGAAACGAGUACGGGGAUAAGAUUGGCCGCGUGAAGCCGUAUCUGAUUGACUUGGAGAGUGCAAACGGUACCAAACUCAAUGGCGACAAGGUACCGGAUAGUCGGUACCUGGAGUUGAGAGACAAGGAUAUGAUUCAGUUCGGGUCCAGUACGAGGGAGACCUCGGCAGAGUUUAUGCCGAGUAUGAGCACGGAUUUGCCUACCAUGGUGGAACAAUACACCCAUUGUCGCUUGGAUAGUCAGAGGCUAUGGUGACCCCCACUGUUCAAACCAUCUGACUUCAACUGGAUUUUGGCAUGGCACAGCAGAGCAAAAAGCCCGGAUGACUUGGUUAACCAAGGACACAGAUACCCCAUGGUACGCUUAUAAUUAGAGUUCCAUGGUGCAACCUCUCACCGGGCGUGGGAUGGACUCAUUCACCGCCGGCGUCUUGUUGGUAUCUCGAGACCUUUUUGGCCCUCGAUUUGCUGGAUUAGUCUCAGGCCGAAAAUGAUGAUGUUGACUGUGCGGGACUUAGCAGUGUUUGCGUUGGGCCAAGCGGUCUGGUGAAGAAAAGUUUACCACAACGAACCUUCAAAUCCCGGCCGAGAAACACCCAUGGUUGUCUAUUCUUGACCUAAAACAGCCCAUCUAUACCUCUGAACCCCUACCAAAGGACUUUCGCCCGGUGAAAUCGAAAUUGCAACAGAAACGAGGGCACGUAUCACGAUGGUGACCAAGACGAGACUGUGACAGGUCCCUCGGUCUCAGUCUGGCGGAGAAUAUUGCCCAUAGUCGUGAAUCAUCACGAUUCAUUUACCCAAGUAGACAUAUACUUAGUCAAUGUACGUCUUUUGUCUAGAGGUAGUCUACUAGCUACCAUUACCACACCCCCAAACUCGGAAUGCUGAACAAAUACGUAUUUUGUCC